GAAGGCCUUCUGUCCUGGUGGAGGACCGUAGAGGGAUGGGACGAAUGGAACGUGGCGACCCAGGAUGAUGAAGCUGAAGAAGUGGUGGAACAAGCAGCUGAUCGUGUCUUCAUGGCAGCUCGUCUAUUCGUCCGCUUCUUCAACCAGCGCGGCGCCUCACUGCAGCAGCGUAUCCUGGAGCUGCUCGCUUUAGCCGAUGCAGCAGACAACUUCCACAAGAAGACGGUGACGGCCAGCGUCGGUGGUGGAGUGGCCAGUGUGGCGGGCUCUAUCACCACCAUCACCGGCCUCAUCCUGGCCCCCUUCACAGCAGGAACGUCGCUCAUUGUCACUGCUGUGGGCAUCGGCAUAGCGACGGCAGGAGGAGUGGCGUCUGCUUCAGCCAACAUCACAGACACGGUCCAUUCAAAGACGGACCGCAAGAAGGUGGAGAAGAUGAUCCAGGACUACCAGGAGGACAUUAAGGACAUCAAGGAGUGCCUGGAGUUUUUACAGGAAGGGAUGGAGACUCUGGAGGAGUGGAACUUUGACAAGUACGCAGAGAGCAUCUCCAAGAAGCACCUCAACCAGAAUGUCAAACACGUGAUGAAGGAAGGCGGCCGAGCUGGCAAGGCUUUGGUGAUCAACACAGAGAGUCUGAUCAGUACCGUCCAGGUCCUGAGUGUGGCUGGUGGUGCUGCUAAAGCUGCCCAGGUGGUGAGUGUCACCACCGGAGUCAUGUCAGGGCUCUUCCUGGCUCUGGACGUCUUUUUUCUGGCAAAGGACUCCAUGGAGCUGAAAAAAGGAGCAAAGACAGAGUUUGCUGGUAAGAUUCGAGAAGUGUGUAAGGACCUGCAGGACGGGCUGCUGGAGCUGAACAGCAUCAAGGAGCAGCUGCAGAAAACCAUGGACGGGAUAGAGGUGGAGGUGGAGGAGGAAGAAGAUGAAGAGCUGCUGAAAUCUGACCUGAAGAAACUCAUUGAGCUUGAAGAAUGAAGGACAGUGGUUGGAAAGCCACAGAGCUCCACUGUUACAACCCAAACACCAAGAAAGUGAAGAUGUAGUUUAACCAAUCACUGUGUACGUCUAGGUAGAGGUUCUGAAGUAAUAUAUUUUAAAUAUUUAUUUUUCCUAAUAAGUGUCAUUAAAAGUGCUAAACUAACACACUGUAGCUGUUUUUGUUGUUACUUUGAAAUAAAAGUCAUUUCCUUAUUA